AUGGACCACCACCACCUGGAGUUGUCGUCCGUCGUACCACUACCGCCUGCAAUUCCCCGCAAGUCCCGCGAGCGAGACCGUCCUCGUCAUUCUGACUCCCGCCGUCUCGCUCUCGACCCUCCUCCUAUCCUCGACUCGAGGCGCGAUCGAGAGCCCGACAUCUUUGCCGACUGGACCGACCGAGACCGACAGGUUUACGCCAACCGUUACCCCAAACCCAAAGAAAGAGGACGAGACUCUGAACACACCAUCGCCGCCCCACCCACGCCUGCGUCACCCGAAGUAAUAUCGUCCCUCAUUACAUCCCUGUCGGCCAUAUCGAGGCCGCUCAGCAACCACUUUGACAGCCCGUCCUACCUCGCGCCCAUCGGACCAGGAAGCCCCAUCAGCAUCUCCUUUCCCGGGUCGCCCACACAGGCCGCCGGCGGUGGUUCGUUUGGCGUCGACUACGGCGCCUUUUCCAAACCGUCCUUGGGAGAUCUUAGAGAGGAGGAUGUGCCGUUAGAUGAACUUGCUGCGAGCCCUCCGGUGAUCCGGACCUCCAAGCCCCCAAGUGGCCUGUCUGUACUCACAGCACCCAAGUCUCCGAAGAGCGCCGGCCCGAGGGAGAGUUCUGGCGGAUUAAAGGGCCUCCUGUCACGAGGGAGCAGCAGUGCCUUGUCUCGGCCGUCAAGCAAGGGAUCAUUGACAUCGGGAGGAGCAGAGAGCAUCGGCAACAGCUUCGGGAAGCUCAGUGUCGAAACCAGGAACGAGCCCGUCUCACCGGGCCCCGAAGGACACGGACUCAGAAAGCAGCGGUCCUUUGAAAGCUGGGGCUGGAAGAACGGACGAAGUCAGCGCAGCCUCAAGUAUAUGAGCAGCAAGGAAAUCCUGCGAGAAAAGGAAGCCGACAAGAAGAGAACCAGCUACGGCACUCCAGGAUAUAACCCCCCGAGUGGAAGCACAACACCGCGACUGGAUCCACUUUCGGCCGAGUCCAUAAUCAACGAGGAAACGAACCUCGACCUUGGCAGAGACGGUCUGAGCAGCACGCUUUCCAGUCCAAGGGCCAUCCCUACCAGAGACUCAUCCCUGAGGAAGACGGGAAGUGGUGCUAAGCGCUCCUCUACCCGUGCCUCGCGGAACUCAAAGCGUGAAAGCGGGACUAUCCCCGAGCUUGAAGAACAAGGCUCCGAGGGCCGUACCUUUUUUGACGACACAAAGUCACGAAACUCCAGACAGAAGCCGCUCGAUCCUCUGAGGCUCUCCGCCGACAUCCCGCAGUACAGCUCGGACAGGCUUCAACCUGAAGUACACAGCGCCCCUCCUGUAACGCCCAUGGCCAGCAUGUUUCCUGAUUUGGAACCCCUCGACGACGGCGCACCGUCGCCGGCCAUUGCUCAAGGACGCCGCAGAGACCGUGAGACCAGCACCGAUGCGAAACGACGACGAUCCGGCAGAACCACCCCUGAUCCUUUUGGUGGAUACGCAAGCGAGGGCGGUGGUGUCGCUGUUAAGUCGAAGCGGAGCAGCACUCGGCUCAAGAGACUCUCUGGAGCCCCAAGUCCGACCCCGGACAAGGCCUUAGAUCAUCGUGCAUCGAGCCAUUCGAAAGGUGACCACCCACACAUUGCGUACGAGCGACCACCGAGCGCGGAUAGUAUCGACGACGCGGUGGAAAGCUACCUUUGUAGCCCUCGGCUGAGCCAAAAGAUUCGGCACCCACAGACCGGACGCGUCAUCAGCUUUAGUGAGGUUGGCGACCCGAAUGGAAGCGCUGUGUUUUGCUGUGUCGGCAUGGGGCUGACGAGAUAUAUCACGGCGUUUUAUGAUGAGCUGGCAUUGACCCUCAAGCUCCGGCUGAUCACUCCAGACCGCCCUGGCGUGGGAGACAGCGAGCCAUACGCUGAGGGGACUGCAACACCUUUGGGCUGGCCGGAUGAUGUCUAUGCAAUCUGCCAAUCGCUCAAAAUCACCAAGUUCUCCAUUCUAGCCCAUUCAGCCGGAGCCAUCUACGCGCUGGCCACGGCACUUCGUAUGCCCCAACACAUUCGUGGCAGGAUACACCUCUUGGCGCCAUGGAUUCCACCGUCGCAAAUGAAUGUCAUAGGAUCGAGCGCGCAGACACCUUUACCACCAACAAAUGCCAUCCCCACAAGCCAACGGAUAUUGCGCGCCCUCCCUACCCCUAUUCUCAAGGCCGCCAACAGCAGCUUUAUGACGGCCACCAGUUCCAGCAUCACUAGCUCUCUACCGAAGCAAAAGCGAGCGCGGCGAGAGAGGAAGAAUAACGCGGCCAGGGAGAGCAAGGAGCAGUCCAAAAGCUCGUCACAUGGUGCGGACAAUAAGGAGAACCGCAUGCACGAUGACGGGUCCAAGGGCGCCUCUCAGAUUCCGGCGGCCGACGAGUACAUGGACCACGUAAAACCAACGGGGACGAACCCUACCGGCGGCGAUAACAUGGGUCACCGUCACAAUCGGUCCAACUCGACACAGCAAGGAAACCGGCGGACUUCGGACAAGGAGGAUCUCCUGUCGGCGGCAGCGGCGCUUGCUACCUCGCAGCUGGCUGACCGUGAAAGACAGGAGCUGUACGACAACCGGCUGACGCAUUCCAUCUGGCAGCUGGCCACCACCGGAGCCAACCCCGCCGUCGAUCUGCUUGUGUGCCUCGAGCGGCGCCACACGAUUGGCUUCCGGUACGUCGACAUCACCCGACCGGUGAUUAUCCACCACGGCAGCCGCGACACGCGCGUGCCCGUCGAUAAUGUCAGAUGGCUGGGAAAGACCAUGCGCCGGUGUGAGGUGCGGGUGCUCGAGGGCGAGGGCCACGGUUUGAUGGCGAGUGCCCAGGUCAUGGGCGGAGUGCUGAUGGAGAUCAGCCAGGAGUGGGAGGAGUGGAGCAGAGUCACAGGUGCGACCACGCGGAGAGAAGAGGGGAGGGGAAGAAGAGGGACGAUUGGACAGGCGAGAUGA